AUGACAAAGUUCUAUGUACAACAAGAGUUCCACGAUCUCAUACCUUCGCCAACUGAUGUUAACCCAUCCGGUAGCGACAGUCUGACGGUGACGGUUGACUCCGAGAGCCCCGCUACUCUCAUCAGUGGACAGGACGGUUACCUGGUCUGUACCUUCACACCUGCGUCACCUACGUUCAUCGUCACCUGGAGGAAGGAGACUUAUACCGUCUACACCAAGUUACAGGUCAUGGGUUCAGUGCUGACGUCAGUAGCCUACGGGAGCCUGGUUGGGCGAGCGGAGAUCGUGGAUGACGUCACACUGAAGAUCAAAGGUGUCCAGCACAGCGAUGCCGCCACCUACGAGUGUGAGGUCUCGGACAUGUCCGGGUCGGACUCCGGAGAGUCGUCUGCGUUUGUUGAGGUUUUCGUCGUAGACGACCCAAGUCCACCGGAGUGUACCCUGUCAUCAGACAACCUCAUAGCGGGGACGAACGAGUCGCUAUCCUGCAGUUCCAUCGCCGGCCGCCCGGCGUCGUCACUACAAUGGUACCAACAACUCGGUGAUGGGACCCUCCGGGAAGUAGGCAACAACAUGGCGGAUGGAUCCGUGUUGACACAUGACCUUCAAGUUACCAAACAAGAUGGCGGAACCGUGUACAUCUGUCAAGAGGAACAUCCAGAGCCUAUCACGUCUAAGAACUGUUCCGUCACACUUGACGUAUCGCACCUGGACACACCAAUCAUCAAUGCCACAUCCCCAGUGGCAAUCCAUGAAGGGACCCCGCUCUUCCUCCAGUGUACCGUAGACAGCAGGCCAGCUGCUGACAUCAUGUGGCUGUUACCGUCAGGUGAGAGUGUACAUGGCGCGGACCUGGAACUGCCGGCCGUGGGGAGGAGACAUGACGGGGUGUACUCAUGUGUGGCGAACAUGACCGUUGGAGGAGUAGAGCUGGUGACAGGAGAAACAGUGGAGGUUACCGUGACAGGCAAUGCCAGGCCACCCUCAGGCGGUAUCACAGACUGCGCCGUUCGGGACAGAAUCCGGUUCAAGCCGGUCCGGAACAGAAUCCAGUUCAAGCCGGUUCGGGACAGGAUCCAGUUCAAGCCGGUUCGGGACAGAAUCCGGUUCAAGCCGGUUCGGGACAGGAUCCAGUUCAAGCCGGUUCGGGACAGAAUCCGGUUCAAGCCGGUUCGGGACAGAAUCCGGUUCAAACGGAGAAACUGA